AUGGCACAAGCAGAGACGGAUGAGCAGCAUGCACAUGAAAUCGAGGCGUUUGGGGAAAAGGAUGAUUUUUGGAUUUUUGGCUAUGGUGAGGAUCAUCGCGGAACUCCAGAAGCCCCCGGCCGCGUCGUCACGCUGAUAUCGAAGGAGCACUGGGAUACAUUAGAAGACACUCACCAAGCCACACACCGCGUCUGGGGCGCAGCAUACCAUAUUCCCCGGCCCAAAGUAGCUCAAGUACGCGAGUACCUCGACAUACGCGAGAUCAACGGAUAUAGUAUCCAAUUCACGCCCUUCCACCCAACAUCAUCCACCUCGACCACCAUCACCUCGCACUCCACCUCAGUAGACGCCACGGAAGCGCAACAAACAUCCGCCGGCAUCCGCCGCCACUCGACCAUCUCGCUCACGCCGGGGGCUCCGCCGCCAAUCCGGUGUCUAGUGUACAUUGGGCUCCCGUCGAAUCCGCAGUUUCUGGGUCCACAAGAUCCGAAUAUGUUGGCGCGCAGGAUCCUGGCGAGUCGUGGGCCGAGCGGGGAGAAUAGGGAGUAUUUAUAUAAUUUGGGCGAGGCGUUGAGGGGAUUGGGGAGGGAGAGUGGGGAUGAACAUGUUGAGGAUUUGGUGCGGAGGUGUAGGGAGAUUGAGGCAGGUGAGGGUGGACCGGGAAGUGGAGAUGGGUUUGUGCAGGAGGGGGUUCAGGAACAAGGGUUGGAGGAGGCGGAGAAGUAG